CCCAGCGCGUGCGCCUUGGUUCCCCCCCCCGCCCCAGGACUCGGCUGGCGCGCGCCUGCAGCUCUGCUUUCCAUGCCCGGGACUAGCGCUCAGGCGGCAGCGGCCAUCCUCAGCAUCAGCACCACGGGGAGCAUCCUCCUCUUCCUCCUCCUCCUCCGCAUCAGCACCACGGGGAGCAGCAGCCGCAGCAGCGCCUGCUCCGGCUCCGGCUCCUCCGCUGCUGUUUGUUCGGGGCGGGUUUUGCUGUUUGGGUUUUUUUACACGCCUUUCUUUUCAUGCAACCCCUGGCGCGCUCCCCACUGAACUUUGUAGGGGCUGGAGGAGGACCCCGUGCUCCAUAGCCACCAUGGCCUUGCUUUGAUUGGCGGGACCUGCUGCUGCUAGCAGCGCCUGGGUGGAGAGCGAGAGAGCGUGCGCCCCCCCUCCCCCCAAAUUAAAACCACAGUCUUCGGGACGGCUCGUGUGCAGUUAGGUGGUUUUGUUUUCUAGUUAUUUGGUGGUUGCAUUGGUGCUUUCUAAGCUGGAGGCUUUGCGAAAGGAGGUCCUCACCUGACAGAGAUCAAGGCACAAUUCCAAUGCUGAAAGGUUGUUAAUGGAGAAGAGGUCGAAUGACAGCCGGGACCGUGGUCAUCACAGGUGGAAUAUUAGCGACUGUCAUUUUGCUUUGCAUUAUAGCAGUUCUCUGCUAUUGUAGGCUUCAGUAUUAUUGCUGCAAGAAGGAGGAAUCUGAAGAGGAUGAGGAGGAGCCAGAUUUUGCCGUGCAUUCCCACAUCCCUCCGCUUCACAGCAACCGCAACGUAGUGCUGACCAAUGGGCCUUCGCUCUACACCUCCUCCUCCUCACCCUUCAGCAACCAGCACUCCCAGUGCAGGACUGUCUACCCAACUUGUACCCACUAUGAGCCACCCACCUUCUUUCUGCAGCAACCGGAUGAGAUCCACAAUGGAGGCGACCGGGUCAGCUACAAGACCAUCAGCCAGGAAGAUAUUGAACUGCCAGUGAACGUGACCAGCCUGCAAGCUCUGAACCCCAACCGGCUGUCAGCCAUGCGAGAAGCUUUCUCGCGCAGUCGGAGCAUAAGCACUGACGUCUGAGUGGCUGAAGCCCCAUGCCCGUGGGCUGCCCAGCAAAUGACGCCUCAGCGUGAGGCUUUUUCUAUGCCGUUGUGGCUUUUAACAGCGGUGAAACUUUUAAAAUCCAUGGAAGUGUUUUAAAAUGAUGAAUGUAUUUAUACAUUAGAUAGGCAUAUAAAUAUAUUAAAUCACUAGGUAAAUGGUAAGCAAAAAUUACCAGAGAGAGAGAUGGUUGCAGAGGUUGCAGCUUGUAUGUGGUAGGUUUUCUAGCGCUGUACAUUGAAAAUGUUUUCUUUUUAUACUGAGGAGAUUUUGAUAUUGUGCAUCCUUUCCUACACCUAAAAAGGCCCCUCCAUACCCAUCAUCGACAAUUGCUAUGGGGUAGUUUGCAAUCUUAAAGGCAGGAUUCCUGCAAUGGCUCACAAAGUGGACGAGCACUGCACAGGUAAAUAGGACUCGACAGCCUCUCUUUGUGGAUGAAAUUCACCCCCCACACGGGACCUGCCACCAGGUCUCUGCACCACUGAUGGCCUCAAAGCAGGACCAACUGGGAUUUUGUCAUGCAGAAUCUUGUGCAGUCUCUCUCUAGAUAGGGGAGAAUUUCAUAGAUCAGCUUAAUUUAUUGGUCAGUAAAUCCUAACAGUUUUCCAUGAGCUUUCUAGGAAACAGACGCUCUCUGUUUCCCUCUUUGCUGAAGGGAAGUGCCUUGAGGUUAAGGAUGCACAACUAUUGUAAAGUCUCUUCCUUCAGUGGAGGUCUCCAGAGCUGAAAUGUGUCAGGCAUCUGGAAUCUAUGGAAAGUAUUUUUUUAAAUAGCACAUGCAAGAACUUUCAGGUUUUUAUGUAACGGGAGAACAGUGCACUGAGCAGUUUGGGUUUUGCAAAUAUUACCAAAAAACCCCAGCAAUGCCACACGCUCUUUCUAAAUUAGGGAAAUGAGGGCUAAACAAAAAUAAAGAGGACAUUUUAUUUUUUCCGUCUGGAAAUUUGUCACAUUUUAGACUCAGAACAAAGCAACAGUCACAUUCUCAACUACAAGUCACUGACAGGUGCUCAGCUAACUAGGAUUACUAAUUUGCAGCAGUAGCCAAGGCCACGUAUGGCCCAGAACAGGGCUGCUGUGCAGUCAUUAAUGGCCAGGGCACGGCCUCGAUUAGCUGUUUUCCCAUUCCCUUCUCCUUAUGGGGCUUUGCCCAGGGAUUGCUCUGGAAGAGGCUUUGUCCGAGUUUUCAAGGUCAUGCUCGCUGCAAAAAGUAAAAAUGCACCAUUGGUUUCCUUUGUUUUGAUAACAGUUCAAACCCUGCCAGAUUGUUGGAAUGCUAGCAGCCAGAGACCUAGACCCCCCAGCAGGUCUAUAGCCUGGUUUACUUACUUUAACGUGAGGAGGAAGUGAACUGCUGCCUGCGUGCACUGAAAUUAGGCUCAGGCUUGUAAUUUCCGAAUGCUGCAAAUCCAUAAUCACCAAAUUCUCUGGAAACUUUAGAGGGCAGUUGACUGCUAUUCUGAUGUAGUAAGGCACUUCCCUGGCUAAAGCACAACAGGGAUCAUUUUCUUCAUAUAAAUAACAAACUAUCUACAAUUUCUUUAGCAGAAGAAGUAACCAGCAGUGACAGAAGCUUAUCGAAAGGUCCUUUGCAGCUCACUCUCUCAAGGCUUGUUUUUCUGGUGCAUACAAUUUGUUCUAUGAACCGUCUCUUUGUAAUGGCACUGUGCAUGAGUCAGGCUAACAGCAUUGCUCUGUAAUUGCAGAACGACUCGUUCAGCUACAGAGCAUGGACUGGCUGCAACUAGACUCUGAUGAUCUCGGCACCGUGCUCUGGUUCAGAUUUCUUCAUUACAGACAUGCUCUCGGCAAGGAAAGCGGUUGUUUAUAACCACUGUAUGCAGCUGAACUGGAAAUGAUACUUUUGACCCUGAGCUUUAUUUAAUUCCAUGGGAGACCUUCUAAAGUACUCGUCAUUCUUUACGACUUAAUAGCUUAGACCAUCUUGGGUUUUUUUGUCUUGGUUUGUAACAAGUUAAAUAUGCUGGAUUUAUUCCUUACUGAGCUCCCUACCUGGGGAUGCAUUGCUGUAAAUGUGUUCAUUGGGAAUGUUCCGUCUUCUAAGUGAUCUGAUGUAACUGCGGCUGCUUCUACAGGUCUCUUCCAUUGUGCGAGUCUUAUUCGAGUUUGUUUCAGAUGCAUUUACCCUUUGGAUUCUUUGCAUUUCCAGUAGCUGUUCUUAUAUCUCAUCUUUCCUCUUUUUUUCCAGUAGAUCUUUGAAACUAAGAAAGCAAUGUCAUCUGUUUCACUAACCUUCACAUGGUGAACUGUUGUACAAGACUUCUGGACUCACUGAGGAAAAAAAAAGCAAAUAAAAAAAAUAAAUGAC